UAAGAGCAAGUCCCGGACUCCCGACACGUGUCCAUUUCGUCGGUCCCCUCUCUCUCCUAAAUUGGACAAUACACCCUUCACCCGUCUCGCUUCUCUCACCCUCUCUCUCUUCUCUCUCUAGAUUUUCUCAUUUUCUCUCAGUUUCUCGGGACUUGGUCGACAGACUCACCUCUCUUCGGAUCCACAAAGAAAGCUCUCCAUUCCAUUCCAUUCCCCUCAGGAAACCAAGACUCGUUAUCUCGUCCCGGAAGGGAUUAGAUAGCCACAUCUGUCGAUUGCGUUGGUCCGUACAAAUUAGGGUUUGAUUAGAUUUUUGCUUGGUUUUUAUUUCAUUGAAUUUGAUUUUGAUCUUUGAGUCUUGAUAAUACAGGCUCUGGUUCUUUUCUUUGGUGAGAAAUUUUGUUUAUUUGAUCCAUAUAUUGUUUCAUUCAUUGCAAACCCUAGUUUUAGUUAGGAGAUUGGAUAAAAGGGGGAAAAAUAUGGUGGAUUGAUUCUUACUGUAUAGGCCAUUGAAUUGUAGCUGAUAUUUUUGAGUUCUGUACAAGAAACUCUGUGAAAUUUUUGGUGCGUUGUUUUUGUUUGCCAUCCGAAAUCGAGGGUUGUCUUGUUGGAUCUUUUCAAGCUUUUCUCUUUUCGUUUUCUUUUUUCAAAAAAAAAAAAAAUUAACGAAGAGUCCUAGGGUUUGCCUCUGUAGAGAAAAUCUAGGAUUAAGGUGCGAAUAGGAUGGCAUUAAAUUUUUCGCACCGUCCGAUCUUCCCGGCGCAUUUGGCCGAAGACAAUUUGGUUUCGCCCAUUAGGAUUGCUAAUGGGUAUCUUGUGGAGGGGAUACUAGAUAAGAAUGGAGAUGGGUUCUGUAAGCCGUGGCAUUCGAAUAGGGAGGUUGCAGAUUGCUUUGAUUAUGGGAGGGAUAGAGAUGAUAGGGGUGGCUCGCAACAGGAGUCAGUGUCGAAUGACAUUCUUGAUCUUUUGCCUUCAGAUCCCUUCGGGAUGGAUAUAAGUACUACUUUCACGGCAAUUACUGGUUGGCUUGAAGAUUUGGAGGUAGAUUAUGGUGGGUACGGAACAGAUGAGAUUGGAACGAGUCAGGGGAAUUAUGAGUUGUUCGCUGGAUUGAAUUUUAUAUGGAACAAUGCUAUGAGGUUCCAGGCAUUGCCUGGGAAAGCAUGGUUGGAUGAUAAAUCUGAUAUAGCAUGUGGGUUUGGUGGGUUCACUGAGGAAAAGGAAGUGGCUGACCCAUCUUACAAUUGUAGGUUUGGGCCAAUCUGUGUUGUGGAAGAUGUUCUGAGUUCUGGGAAUGAAAAUGUUUGUGGUGCCAGCUGUCAAGCUGAAGAAUUCCGGGAGUUUAAUGGAAGUUGUUAUGAUGGAGAUGGGGCAGCUCCUCAUGCAGCUGUUUCUUUUGCCCUUGGUUAUCUAGGUUUGAGGGACCUACUUUCUGUUGAAAGGGUUUGUAGAUCUCUGCGAGCUACUGUUCAAAGUGAUCCCCUUUUGUGGAGGAGUAUCCAUGUAGACCAGCCAUUGAACGAGAGGAUUACAGAUGAUAUUCUUUUACAACUAACUAGGAGGGCUCAAGGCAACCUGCAGGGCUUACACCUGGUGGAAUGCCCAAGAAUUACAGAUGAUGGUCUGAAGCGAGUUCUUGAAAGUAAUCCAAGGUUAACCAAGCUGUGUGUGCCUGGAUGUACAAGACUCAGUAUUGAGGGAGUUGUAAAUAUGCUAAGAGCUUUCCAGUCUACUGGUACGCCGGGUAUAAAGCACCUAAGAAUUGGUGGACUCUAUGGUGUGGCACACAAGCAUUUUGAAGAGUUGAAGCUCUUGCUGGGCAUUGAUAUUCAUGAACAGAAGAAUGCUCACAAGCCUCAUUUUUAUAAUAGGGGAAACUUUUAUCUCUUGGGUGACGAUGAUCGUGCCAUUGAUAUUGAAACGUGUCCAAGAUGCCAGAAUUUGAGGCUGGUUUAUGAUUGCCCAGCAGAUGGUUGUCAAGUGAAAGAAAAUGCUGCUCAGGUAUGCAGGGCUUGCACACUUUGCAUUGCACGAUGUGUUCAGUGUGGACGCUGCAUUAAUGACGGUGAAUAUGAAGAGACAUUUUGUCUGGAAUGGCUUUGCUCAGAUUGUUUUAAGCAGCAACCGCAGUGCCAAGAGACUUCUAACUUAUGUCUUCACGGCUAGAGACUUAUAGUGCUUUUGUCUUCUGGUUUCACAUUAUGGAUGAGAAAUUGCGUAAUUAGGCUAUCCAGAUAUCAAAAGGAAAAAAAAAAUCUGAGGCAGCUGUCAAGCAUUAUGGUUCCCUUCGUUUGCCAUUAUUGCCUUGUGAUUCAGCUGGCUCUGUUGGAUUGUGCCUUUUGAUGGUCUUCAAGCUUUGAUGUGCUGCCCUGGGAAUGAACUGAGCCCAAGAUUAAUGUUUUUAGAAAAGCAAAAAAAAAAAAAAAAAAGAGAAAAAGGGAGAAAAACUAAAAAGGAAAAAGAAAAAUUGAAGAGGAAGAGGAAGAGGAAGAGGAAGAAGAAGAAGAAAAAGAAGAGGAAGAUGAUGGAGAAAAGGAAUUUGGAACUGCAGCAAGAAAGUGAAGAAAAAGAAAGAGUGUUCAUUCAGUUUGCUGCUUUUCAUUAGGAACACUCUUAUCCUAUUAGUACUGAUUAUUAACCCUGGAGUCUGACAAGAUUCAGUGAACAAUAAAUUAGUUUGCUUUUGGAUGAUGGAGUGUGAGACUUUCUGGUGAAGUGGAAUAUGACCUAUGAAGCACUAUGCAUACCAGGACUGAUAAGUUGUGGAAAGCAAUAAAGGGGCGACUCAGCGUGUUGUACUGGGACAUUGGGUAUUUCUAGAUAUUACAUAUUAUAACUAUCAAGCAGAUGGCCAUUUACUUGUUACCAUUGAAGCGAUAGAUGAUUGGCACUUGACAUGCAGUAAUCUUGCUGUUGCUGAUGCAUGCUGACUGAUGUUGGAGCACAGGUAUUUUUCUGAUGCAUGAAAAUUUGGGGUGAAACUUCCUACAUCUGCAGGACCUCUCUUGUUAUGAGAUUGGAACUGUGGCCAUCAGUGUGCCAAAGCCUCUAAUGACCAUCGAAUCUCUUCAAUGUUUUCAUUUUAUGGCUCCUGGCUUGUGCAGGUUGUAAAAAUAACAGUUACUUUUUACGUUUCACACGUAAGAUUGGUUUCAUACAUUCUUGUAUGGGGUUUGUACUCAGAAUUAUUUUUUUCCUUCUGGGGAAAAUAUUAUUUGGGUCAUAGCCCUUGUUGUUUGCUA